CUUACAGCUCCUAUAAACUAGUGGCAAUUUCUGCACCCCAGCCUGCUCCCCUUCAGUUUCUGAUUUUCUAAGUCCAUGUGUCAAGGGCUGCCAGAAAGGAGGUGCUUUCCUGAGGCCCAGGCCCCUUUUCCCUCUGGAAGUACUCUACGACGGAUAUUUAUUUUUUGGAAUACAAACAACCCCGCAUCAUGGACCUCGUUGGGUUGCUGAAGUCUCAGUUCCUGUGUCAUCUCGUCUUCUGUUACGUAUUUAUUGCCUCAGGGCUAAUAAUAAACACCAUUCAGCUCUUCACUCUCAUCCUCUGGCCGAUUAACAAACAGCUCUUCAGGAAGAUCAACUGCCGACUGUCCUACUGCAUCUCCAGCCAGCUGGUGAUGUUGCUGGAGUGGUGGUCGGGCACGGAGUGCAUCAUCCACACAGACCCCCGGGCCUACCCCAAGUAUGGAAAGGAAAAUGCCAUCGUGGUUCUGAACCACAAGUUUGAGAUUGACUUUCUCUGUGGUUGGAGCCUGGCCGAACGCUUUGGGGUUUUAGGGGGCUCCAAAGUCCUGGCCAAGAAGGAGCUGGCCUACGUGCCCAUCAUUGGCUGGAUGUGGUACUUCACCGAGAUGGUCUUCUGCACGCGCAAGUGGGAGCAGGACCGCAAGACCGUCGCCAAGAGCCUGCUGCACCUCCGGGAUUACCCCGAGAAGUACUUUUUCCUGAUUCACUGUGAGGGCACCCGGUUCACGGAGAAGAAGCACCAGAUCAGCAUGCAGGUGGCCCACGCCAAGGGGCUGCCCAGCCUCAAGUACCACCUGCUGCCGCGCACCAAGGGCUUUGCCAUCACCGUGAGGAGUUUGAGAAAUGUAGUUUCAGCUGUAUAUGACUGUACACUCAAUUUCAGAAAUAAUGAAAACCCAACACUGCUGGGAGUCCUAAAUGGAAAGAAAUACCACGCAGAUUUAUAUGUCAGGCGGAUUCCUCUAGAAGAAGUCCCAGAAGAUGAGGACAAGUGUUCCGCCUGGCUCCACAAGCUCUACCAGGAGAAGGAUGCCUUCCAGGAGGAGUACUACAGGACGGGCACCUUCCCGGAGACGCCCAUGGUGCCCCCCCGGCGGCCCUGGACGCUCGUGAACUGGCUGUUCUGGGCUUCGCUGCUACUCUACCCUUUCUUCCGCUUCCUCGUCAACAUGAUCAGCAGCGGGUCUUCCCUCACGCUGGCCAGCUUUGUCCUCGUCUUCUUUGUGGCUUCCAUGGGAGUUCGAUGGAUGAUUGGCGUGACAGAAAUAGACAAGGGCUCUGCUUACGGCAACAUCGACAGCAAGCAGAAACAGAACGACUGACUCAGGACACGUUGCCAUCCAAAGGGGACCUUGGGAACUGGUGGACGCUGCCUGUCAUCCUUGGUGGGACCCAGUGAUGAAGCUGGGUGAGCCCCUGCUGGGAAGGCAGGGGGUUUGGUCUCAAUGCCGAAUGGGGAGGAAGAUGUGCUUAAAUCUUUUUUCCCCAUAUGCUUUAGUGGGUUUUGGUUCUCUUUCUUUUCGUGUGAGUGUGUGUGAGCACGUGAGUGUGUGUGUGUGUAAGAGAAAGAAGACACAUAAUUGAGAAAGGCGGGCGGUUGAG